AUGGCAAACACGCAAUCUAAAAACGAUUCAUUAGAACAGAUUUCCAAGCUUAUAGCUGAGAAUACCGAAAUUAAAAAGAAGCGUGAAGCUGAGUAUGAAGCUAGAAUUAAGAAACUAGAGCAAAGAGAUAAUGAGAAGGCUGGUCUUAAAACAAAAUUUGAGGCACUAGAAAGGAAAAAUAAAAUGGAUACCGCUAACCUUCCGGUUGAAAGUAUCGAACUUAAAAACCAGGAGCCCAAAUCGUUGGAAGAAAAGGAAGAAGAUGAAUUCCUGGAUUUAACAUAUAAGGAACAGAAAAAUGCCAAGGAAUUUCCGUCACGAGCUUACGUGACGAUCGGCAAAAUGAAGCUAUGGAACCCGAUGAAAUUGAACCUACUAAAAGUCAGUAUAGAACAAGGAUUAAUAAAAGAAUUACUCAAUGACAUCCCCAUCAUAUCAUCAGUUAUAAUCCCAGAAUAUCGACCAUUUCAAAUCACAACACAAAGCUUAGUCUGUUUAUUUCAUUAUGCGUUACGAUCUAGACAUGAAGAAAUCUUAGCAUGGUAUAAUUACUCUGAUAAUUUUGAAAAUAGAGUUAUCGAAAUUUGUCGGGAUUUAGGAGUUACAGAUAAAAAGGCUAGAAUACAAUUAUACAAAGAAAUGUUAGAGCAUUUACCUGAUAUUACAUCAGGAAACCUGCGUAUGAAAAUUCUAAGAGCCAAAAAAAUUCAUAUGCUAUUUGGGGAGAAGGGAGUUGGAAUAGAUAAAAUUAAACAAGUUACCUAUAGUAUAUUUGCUAUCUCUAGACUUACUAAUAACCAAAUUCAAAAUAUUAUCAAGAAUGUAACUUCAGUAGAACCUUUAUUGGAAACCGACACUCAACGUGAUGAUCAGACCGAUGCGAAGCCACUUGUCGCAAAAUCAAGAAUAUCUGCAUAUUCAGACCAACCGAAUUUAGAAGAUUCAGAACUAGCUGAAGCUACGUUCAAGUUAGCCGAAAAGUUUUUGCAGACGGUGCCCGAGCCAUAUGACAGAGAUAUUUGGAAAGUCGUAUUACGUGUAAGUGAUAAUAAUAAUGCAUUUGCAUUAUAUGAUCAGCGCUAA